CUUUAGAGUCGUCCAAAGGUCGUUCAUAUAUUAGAGUCUCACCCUUUUGACACGUCUGACUGCGUUACACCGGACUUGCAUUGCAUGCUGGAAUGAUAUCCUAAGUCAAAACUCCAGUCCUACGCUUCUAUAAAAAUUCCAGCGAAACUCUUGAAUCUUCGUCAUUUACAAAAUGCCAAAGCAGAUUGUAUUUCUACAUCCAGACCUUGGCAUAGGUGGUGCCGAAAGACUUAUAGUUGAUUCGGCAGUAGCCUUGGAGUCAUGUGGUUAUAAUGUCAGCAUUAUUACAAAUCACCACGACCCUAAACAUUGUUUCGAAGAAACAUUACAGUCAAAUCUGAGUGUUACAGUUGUAGCUGAUUGGUUUCCUCGGUCCAUCUUUGGUUACAUGACAGCUUUAUGUGCGUAUAUUCGCCUCAUCCUUGCAACACUAUAUUUAUUAUUUUAUGAAAAGAAACCAGAUGUAACAUUUGUUGACCAAAUAUCAGCCCCCAUAAUUCUACUACGGGCUUUUGGAUACAAGACGAUAUUUUACUGUCAUUUUCCAGACUUGCUAUUAACGAAAAAUAAAAAAUUUCUGUUGAAAAAGCUGUACCGAAUACCUAUUGAUUAUAUUGAGCAGAUAUCAACUGGAAUGGCUGAUAUUGUUCUUGUUAACAGUAAAUUCACAUCUAAUGUCUUUAGAGAAACAUUUACUUCACUUAGUCAUGUACAACUGCGUAUUUUAUAUCCAAUUGCAAAUGAAAAAAGUUUAUGCUUACCAACAUCAGCACAAUUUCAAAGUGAUCAUCAGUCGAAAUAUGAAUAUCGUAAAUAUUUAUCAUCAGAAAUUAUGCCUGAGAAAGCGAAAAUAAUAUUCGUAUCAAUUAAUCGAUAUGAAAGGAAAAAGAAUCUCUCAUUGGCUUUGUACAGUCUUGGGACUUUCUGGCUGUCAUAAAGGAAGGCCAACGGCUCAAGCGUUUCAUGUCUGGACGAGUCAGAAUAGUGUGGUCAGAAUGGACAGAAUACAGUUAGCUACACUCUGGAAGUUGUUGUUUAACAAGUAAAAGCACAGUCCGUUUAUUUUUAAUCAACCUAUACUUCGACCAACUUAACUUACUUUUAUGUACCUUUGGUUGUAUAAUCAACUAAAUGACUAUUUUGUUCCUGUCCGUGGCUUCAUACGCCCACUAAACUCUAAGAACAGUAGCACGUAUACACAUUCACGUCUUAAAUCCUAUUUGUCUUCGAUUAUAUUCCCUAAGUAGCUCGAAUGAAUUUUCUGGAGGAAACGAAAGUAUUUGAAUUUCAAUCGAUAUUAUUUCAAAUAUCAUUUUUACACAUAGUAUCAUCUGUGUAAUUGGCGCGCAAGUUUUGACAAAUGUCCAUUUUGUUUUAAUUAUUUUCCCCACUUGUUAAUUUCUUCAUUAUAUUAUAACUAUUGUUCAAUGUUGUAACGUGCAACUGUCACUAUUUUAUUAAUUUUGUCAUUAUUUGAUUACAAAAAAUAACUUACACUAAGAAAAAAACAAACUAUUCAUUUUGUUAUUUAUACACCAUUUUCUUUACAUAGAAUACUUGAUCACACAUUGGGAUAAGCUUAUUGAUUCAACCGUUGAAAUAAAACCGGAAAAUGUUCAUUUAAUCAUAGCUGGAGGUUAUGAUCGUCGUGUUAUUGAAAAUGUAGAGUAUUAUACCGAGUUGGUUAGCUUGUCACAAACGCUGAAAGUAUGUGAAUAAUGACAAAUACGUUUUUUUUAAAAAUUAAUCACAUUUUAGCUUUGAUUGGGAAAUUGAUUUGAUUGAGUUCAAAGCACUUCCCAGAUUGUUUUGCUUUGUAACUCAUCGGAUAUAGAUUUAUGUACUGGAAUUUGAGUUACACUCUGUAUGUGAGAGUCAAUGAUACUACUCUGAUUGCUCAAGUCGGGUAGAAAUUAAACUCGUGCUCUAAUAGUAGCAAGUUAAACUUCUUAUUUAUUUAUUUUAUUUUAUCACACCAAAUACAUAUGCGCCACACAAAUCUCAUUUGAUAUGUGUGAGGGCUGUGGCACUGCCCGGGUGCCCAAACCGAAGCAGGUGGUUUUUAGGGAACCACACCCAGAGCCUUCGACCUGGAGGUCUGAUCCACAAGGCAGUGGAGCAUCGUAAGGAGAUGCAGUCCACCCAUGGAAGCCGGUGACCAACGAUUGGUUCAUACGUCAUUUGUCCCUUCAGGAUACCGGAGCCCAUGUGCACCAUUGGUUUAGAAUCUGGGUUUUCCAACCAACACCCCUAGGUGGACUCUCCAUGUCCACCAACCCGGUUAAAGCGCCGGACAUUCGCUUUUCGUCCUCUCAACUUCGUGAACAACAGUAAUGCCACGAGGCAGUGAGUAGGACUUCCCUGACAGAGGCUAUAUACGCGUGACCAUGUAAGAACAUUUGGAGAGGGAGAGCGGACUUCUCCUCACUCUCGGCCGUACCAGGGUAUUUGGGGGCAAACUUCUUAACCAUUAGUUCACUUCUCCGACUACCAGUCUAUGACGGAAUUGACAAGUAGACUGAGCCAUGUUAAAAGGUGUACACUGUAUGGUUGAGAUCCUCAUGAUUAUCGUGACCAAUAGUUAAAGACUUUGAACGACAUGGUUCGAAAUCGUUUGCAUUAAUCCAGGCACAUUAGUUUUUUGUUUUCCACUACAUUCUAAGUUUUCGAAUUCCUCAUAACUUUUUACUUCAUUGGUUUAUAUUUCUUUGAAUUCUAUCUUCUAUGUCUAAUCCUUUCUGUUAACAUUAAUAUUGUCACUAACCCUACUACUCUGGAAAUUGACCUGACAAUUCCACCUUUCUGUGCUAAUGGUGUGACAACUUGAGCCGAUGUACAUACGUGACAGGCUCUAUGUUGAGUUUGACUGACUGACUUUCAAUAGCCAGGUUUUUAUCAGAUUAACGGAUUUAAAUCCUAUGUCAUUGCAAUUUUACUUAUCGUUCGUUAUCAAAACAUGCAUUUACACGCUGAAAUACAAACCCACACAUCACUUAAGUUACGACAAAGGUCUUCCUGCAGAACUGAACGACAUGAUACAUACUGCUCAAAAAAUGUUUCCAGAUUCUAUUCCGUUAACAAAUGUCGGGACAUUACAAAAUUGUAGGUCGUUUACAGCUUCCGGUUGGUAAAGCUCGGGGACUGAACAGAAGUAUGUCUUGUGUUUCAAACGUAUUGAUUAAGAUAAGUUUCUAUCAGCCAUUAAAAUCUAAGGUGUAUACACAUAUCAAUUACUAGUGUGUUAGGGUGAUUAACAAUUUGUAUAUUAAUCCAUAGCAUAACUUUAUUCCGUGACUUGAAACAUUGAUGAUCAAGUCAUACAACAUUAAUCUAAGUUUCUGUCUUGCAUUAUGUUGUAAGGUGUAUUUACUUAUUUGGUCAGAUAACUGACUCUUCAAAUCACAGUUCUGAUUCACUUUUUAAUAGUUCAAGGUUUAGUAUUGAAGAAAAUUCUUACUAUUCAAUUGCUAAAUACUCUUGGUUAACUUGGUAUAAAUAUGGAUGUAGUAGCAAGUUAAUUAUCCAAUUAAUUGUACUUAUGAUCUGGUGUGUAUUUCACACUUCUUUGGUAAAGGUGGUUUAAAUCAGUAAAAGAUCGAGCUUAGUUAGUGUGAUUUCCCACCUUCGACUAUCAUCGAUUAAACUACAUAUUUAUAUAUGAGUAAAGGGAUAGGAACAAUGAAUUAUAAAUUGACUAGAAGUCUAGUAUUUAAAAAUGUCAUACAUACUAUGAUUCAUAUUUGACCUAACCACUCCUAUGAAUCCGGUGUUAAUCUUGCUGUGCUAAUGAGGUAUGGCAACCUGGACCGAUGCAUAUAUGUGCCUGGUCCUACGUUGUAGCUGACUGACUAUUGGUAUAGGGGGUUUGUAGAGUGUGUCUGUGGCUCCAUUAAAAAGGGUCAAAGCCAGGAGUUUCGAUCUUAAGUAUUUCGAAUAUUAGAGACAUUUAUCCACUGAAGGUAAUUGAAGAUGAUUCACACUUAGAAGAUAACGAAUUUCGAGACAACAUUUGUAGGUCAAAUAACAUGGUCCUACCUCAGCAGUUUCGAGGAGACUUUGAACAGUUUCUGUCCAGCACCAACUUCCAAUAGUCAUCCUCAAUGGGAUAAUCAGCAUCAUCCUGCAACUCAAAUCUACAUUCAGAUUGAUAAUAUUGAAAUCAACUACUUCUGGGGCGGACUUAUACAAAGCACCAUCUCUUGGAGCACUUAUCUGGAUUUGGACUAUGUUCUGAUAUGCGCCAAACUUGAUUUUUGUUUGUGUGGUAUCUGGUUCUGAUAUUCAUACAAAAGCUUUCUAUAUGGAAGCCCAAAUGGCUACCUGAGUGAGAGGAAAGUUUUAUUAGCUAAAUCUAAUGAAGAGAUGAAUGUACAUUCAUGAAUAUAUGUUUGUCUCUUAAAAGUCUAUGCCAUACGUCAAACCAAUGGCGUAUCUCAUGUUGUAGAAAAGUAAACCAUACAUUCUACAAUGGCGUGUGCUUACUAUCUGGCUGAUGUCUGAUUGGUUCAUUGUAUCGAUUCGCCAGCGAAUGUCUCGUCCUAAACAGACCGAACCUUGUAUUUCAAUUAGAUAUCAAACCGACCUAGAUUGAAGAGCAGCUAUCAGUUAAUCGAAAACCGUGUUUAGCGGAUUUUCUCAGAAUUAAUGUGUUAAAUAAAUACAAGUACUGAAAAAAUAAUGAAAUGUUUCUUUGUGUUGUAAUCGUUUGAAUAAACUCGUCAAAUUAAAGAAAUGUAACGUUUAAUCAGUAAUGAAUUGAGCACAUUUUUGCAGGUUUCAGAAAAUGUCACUUUCAUGCGUUCUUGUUCAUCCGAAAUCAAACCUCUGUUAAUUGCCUCCAGUGAUGCGGUAAUUUACACCCCAGAUAAGGAACAUUUUGGAAUUGUCCCUAUUGAAGCAAUGUCGUUGUCUCGAGCAGUUAUUGCAUUGGAUUCUGGUGGUCCUAAAGAAACUGUUUUGCAUGGUUCUACAGGAUUUCUAUGUACAGUGCACCCAAUAAAACAACUUCCGCAAACUAUGGCUACCUAUCUUAGCAAAUUUGUAAAUGAUCCAGAGCUUGCAGAUCGUUUGGGGAAGGCAGGAUGUGAACGUGUUCGUGAGAAAUUUUCAUCUAUAACUUUUAAAAGAGUAUUGCAAACAGUCGUGACUGAUUUAAUAAAUGAAGACCAAGGAUAGAAAUAGUUGUUUACAUGCAAAAUUAUUUGAUUUAUUUUUCCUCAAAUACUUAGUUGUUUUUCAUUGCAAGGCAAAGUAAAUACUUGCAGUGUUUUCAUGUACUUAAU